UUCGGCUACCAUCUUCUAGCUACCAUAUUGCUUUUUCUUGACAACCAUCAUUGAUCAAUUUCGGUAGAAAAUCCAGCGCGUCAGAAAGUAUUAUUUUCCAUUUUAAACGAAAAUGGCUCGGCGAGGUGAAGAUUUAUCGAAUGUGGAAUUCGAGACAAGUGAAGAUGUGCAGGUCGUACCAACGUUCAAUUCGAUGGGACUACGGGAGGAACUGUUGAGAGCUAUCUACGCAUACGGUUUCGAAAAACCAUCGGCAAUCCAACAGAGAAGUAUCCUUCCAAUCAUUAAGGGACGCGAUGUUAUCGCUCAAGCACAAUCUGGUACCGGUAAAACUGCCACAUUUUCAAUUUCGAUACUGCAAUCGCUGGACACAACAUUACGUGAAACGCAAGUCCUGUGCCUGUCACCGACUCGUGAAUUGGCCGUCCAGAUUCAAAAGGUCAUAUUGGCGUUGGGCGACUUCAUGAACGUUCAGUGUCAUGCCUGCAUCGGUGGCACAAAUCUGGGCGAAGACAUUCGUAAAUUGGACUAUGGACAGCAUAUUGUCAGUGGAACACCGGGCCGUGUGUUUGACAUGAUCAAGAGACGUGUGCUGCGAACGAGAUCGAUUAAAAUGUUGGUUCUGGACGAGGCUGACGAAAUGUUGAACAAAGGUUUCAAGGAGCAAAUCUACGAUGUGUAUCGCUACUUGCCGCCCGCCACACAGGUAUGUCUAAUAUCAGCCACACUACCGCACGAGAUCCUUGAAAUGACAUCGAAAUUCAUGACCGAUCCGAUUCGCAUUCUUGUGAAACGCGAUGAGUUGACGCUGGAGGGAAUCAAACAGUUUUUCGUUGCUGUGGAACGAGAGGAAUGGAAAUUCGACACGUUGUGCGAUCUGUACGACACAUUGACCAUUACACAGGCGGUCAUUUUCUGCAAUACGAAAAGGAAGGUCGAUUGGUUGACCGAGAAGAUGCGCGAGGCGAAUUUCACCGUCAGUUCGAUGCACGGUGACAUGCCGCAAAAGGAACGUGAUGAGAUUAUGAAGGAAUUCCGUUCCGGACAGAGUCGCGUUCUGAUCACCACAGAUGUGUGGGCUCGUGGUAUCGAUGUGCAGCAAGUGUCGCUGGUCAUUAACUACGAUUUGCCGAACAAUCGUGAAUUGUACAUUCAUCGUAUCGGUCGGUCGGGUCGUUUCGGUCGCAAGGGUGUUGCUAUCAAUUUCGUGAAGUCCGAUGACAUUCGAAUUUUGCGUGACAUUGAACAGUACUAUUCGACGCAAAUUGACGAGAUGCCGAUGAAUGUCGCUGAUUUGAUCUAAACGGAACAUUUAUUUUAACCAAAACAUUAAUUUCAUCGGAAGGAGAAUGUCCAAUUGUUGCAAUGACUUUCCUAAUUUAAAACAAAAAAAAAACAUUUUUUUUAGAUUAACACAACACAUUGUUGUCUCACCCAAUUGUACGUCGAUUUGGUUUUUUCAAUAAAAGAGGUACGGAGGAACUAAACGAAAAAAAA